AUUUUUGAUUCUCCUUAUCUAUUUGGUUUGAAUACAUAUGAAAAAAUACGAAAUCCUUCUCUAAUUGGGUUAAAUCAAAUUACAUAUCUUUAAGCCCAUCCCUCUCUAUAAAUACCAAUUACCAUAACCUUCGAAGACACCAUCAUUAGCAAAGCACAUAACGUAAGAAAAUGAAAAACUGUAUGGCUCUCUCUGGUUCACAAAAGAAGCUGCUCCUACUCGUCUUAGUGUUUCCAUGUCUCUCUUCAACAGGCGCAGAGGCGUGGAGCUGGAGCUGGAGCAUCGGAUUGGGAUGGGGCUGGGGAUCGGACGGCUCAAGUAGCUCUAGCUCAGGUCCUGGUUCCAACUCUGACGGCUCAGGCAGCUCUAGCUCAGGUGGCUCGAGUCCUGGUUGGGGUUGGGGUUGGGCCUCCAGUCCUGAAUCACCUGGCUCGAGCCUUGGAUCACCCGGAUCCAAAAAAUCUGGAUUAGGUUCAGGUUCAUACUCAAGCAGUUUGAACAACUCUGGAUCAUCAGGCGCAGAGACUGACAGCUCGAAAAACUCCGGAUCAGGUUCAGAUUCAAACUCUGGUUGGGGCGGGACAUGGGGCUAUGAUGUUCCAAGCGGCUCCGGCUCAGGUUCGGUUACUAACCCUGAUGGAUCAACUUGGCAUUGGCAUUGGGAUCCUAAGACAGGCUGGACUUGUACAUGGAGUCCAGGGCCAAGCCAUAGCUAUUCAAGCAGUGUGGCCUCCCUAUCGGAGAGUGAAUCACCAAGCAGUUUGGGCCCAGUCUCGAAAAGUGAAGUUCCAAGAAAGAUUGUAGUGGGAGGAUCUAACGGAUGGACAAAAGGAACAGAUUACAGGGAGUGGGCUUCCAAGAAUAUUCCUUUCUAUAUAGAUGAUGUUCUUGUUUUCAAGUACGACAAACAUGCUAAGGAAAGGAAUAAUGUUUAUUUGUUCCAAGACCCAAUGAGUUACUGGAACUGCGACUUUAAGAAUGGAAAGAAGAUUGGAUCUAGGAAUAUAGGAUCCCAAGACAGCUUCAAUAUUACACUAAAGAUAAUACAGCCUUACUUCUUUGCUUCGGCCGAGCAUGAUGGUGCUUAUUGCAGCAGGCACAAAAUGAAGUUCGUCGUGUUCCCAAUUCCUCACCGUUCUGGCUAAUAUUAAAAUCUGUAGCCUUUUUAUCAAAUAAAUAAAGUGUUGACGUUACUAGUCUUGAAUUUUAAGUAAAGGCAUUGUAGACUUUAGAAAGGUUGACGGUAAAAUAUGGUUAACGCCUAACUCGAUUACCUUCCGUGAUGUGUGCUGACACGUCAUACAAUAAAAGAAAACGGCGGUAAAUUGUAACUGAG